AUGGCCCAUCGCAGCCAGGCUCUCUCGCUCUACCGCGAGCUGCUCCGUGCGGCAUCGGCAUCGGUCUUCCCCAACUACCCCAACGCCUCGGCCACCAUUGCCGCCAAGAUCCGUGCCGAGUUCCGCGGCCAGGCCCACCUCGACCCUGUCGCCGACGCCGCCGCCGUCGACAGCGCCAUGUCCAAGGCCCGCCGCUCCGUCCAUGCCCUCCACCAGGCUGUACCUACCAAGUUUGUCUCGCCUGCCCUUCAGCGCACCUCGCCUCGCCCGUCCCCACCUCGUCGGGCGCCCUUGCGCCCAGUGGCGCCAAACGACGCGGCCGGCGCCCGACCGCCCGUGCCUGCCUCCAGACCGCCGCCCACCCGCGCCUCUGCGGUAUCGGCGCCUGCUCCUGCUCCCGCAGCCUCUGCCCCGCGCUCGCAGGAACACGUCCGCACAUCGCAGUCGUCGUCGUCGUUCUGGACUACCUAUGCCGACAUGCAGGGCGGCGGGGCGGGGCGGCCCAAGACUGCUCCGACGCCGACGCCGCCGCCGCCGUCGCCAUCGCCGUCGCCGCCACCAACCACCACCACCCACCGCCCAUCAUCGCCGUCGGUGAUCGCCAAGCCAGCGCCACCACCGCCGCCGCCUGGUGCUGCCGUUGCCAGGCCGCCGUCACCGUCACCGCCGCCGCCGCCGCAAGCCGGUCCUCGCUUGGCGCCGGCGCCGCCGUCUCCGCGACCUGCAUCUCGUCCUCUGGCGGACGUCGCUCCUGCCACGCCCAUUGCUGUCGCCCGGUCGCAGAUGACCCAGUUUCUGGCGGACCAUCCCUCGCUCGAUGCCAUUGCGGCCGACGACGACGCGCGUCGCCGCGCCGCGCCGUCACGCGCCGCCGAAUCGGGCACCACCCGCGUCUCGGGCUCGAUUCUUCCGCAGGCCUUUGUCUCCCGCAUUGUGGUAAACCAAUAG